AUGUUAUCAAAAUAGCAAUAAUAAUUGUAAGAGAUAGUAUCCCAGAGCGUAUUAAAGACGUAAGUUUUAAUAAUAUUUAGAUACACAACAAAGGCAUCAUAAAAAUUAAGCUAAUCAUUUAAUCCUAAUGGAUUAAUAGGUUAAUCAUUAAGUCCAACUCAAAAAACAAAUUAAAGCAUGGGAUUAAAAAAAGGGAACAAUUUAAAAUAGUAUCAAUAAGAAUUGCUUAAAUUGAUGACAAGUCAUAAGCAAUUAUAAUCUGGUACAAAAAAAGCAAAUUUGUCUGAUAUGAUGACUUAAUAAAAGGAAUCUAAGCGAAUAUCUUCAGGCACAAGUUAACCUUAAAAGUCAUAAAAUUCAAACAAAAUUAGUUUUGUAAAUCCAGCCAAUUAGAUAAUUAUAAUUGUUAAUCAUGAAAAUCAACAAAUAAAAUUUACAAUUGAUCCUCAAAAAUCAACAGGAUGGUUGGAAGAAUAUUUGAAAUAAGAAGUAAAAAAGCAUUCAAUUCAUUAAUAUUCAUCUACAGGGUCUUAACCAGAUGAAAGAAAGGUAACUUGUGGAACAGGAAAUGAGUCAUCAGAUUUGGAGAUAGUGUCAUUUCAUACUGUUGAUAAGAAUUUGCCAAUAGAUUAUUAUUUAUAAUAAGCAAAUAAAAGCUUAGAAAUUUUUAGUGGAUAAACAUUACAUCUACAACCUUUUUAUGGAACUCCAUAAUAAAGUAAAAUUACUCUUAAAGAUUUUAUAUUUGUAAAAUGCAUUGGAGUAGGAGGUUUUUCAAGAGUUUAUAUGGUAAAAAAAAAAUCAAAUGGAAGAUUUUAUGCGAUGAAAUUAAUUGACAAGGAAUUCAUAAUGUAACAUAAAAAACAAGGUAUUGUAUAGAAUGAAAGAGAUAUAAUGACAGUGCUUGAUCAUCCUUUUAUAAUUAAAUUAGAAUAUGCUUUUGAAUCUAAGAAUUUUAUUGUAUUUGUAUUAGAGUUUUGCAGUGGGGGUGAAUUAUUUUGGUAAUUAAGAUAAGUUAAACGAAUGAGUGAAGAUCAAGCUCGUUUUUAUUUUGCAGAAAUUUGUUUAGCUAUGUUCUAUUUACAUUCAUUAUCAGUUGUAUAUAGGGAUAUAAAACCAGAGAAUAUUUUAAUUGAUAUUGAUGGUCACAUCAGAAUAGCAGAUUUUGGUUUAUCUAAGCCAAAUAUGACAGAAGAAGAUUAUGCCUAUAGUUUUUGUGGGUCUCCAGAAUAUAUGGCUCCUGAAAUGUUAUUGAAAGUAGGACAUAAUGUUUAAGUUGAUCACUAUUGUAUGGGAGCAUUACUAUUUGAAUUAGUCACAGGAUUACCACCCUAUUAUUCAAGAGAUACAGAUGAGAUUUAUGAGUCUAUUCUUAAUGAAGAAUUAUCUUUUCCAGAGAAGUUAAAUUUAUCACCAGAGAUUAAAGUAUAAUACUUAAUUAUCAAAGGAUUUGCUCUAAGGAUUAUUAUGCAAGCAACCAUCUGAGAGAUUAGGAGCAAAUAAAGGAUUAACAGAAUUAUUAACUCAUGCUUGGUUUAAAGAUGUUGAUUUAGUGGCAAUUUUAUAGAAAUAGAUUCCUCCUCCAUUCAAACCUAAUCAACUAAAAUUUAAUUAUGAUUCUAAUGAUUUAAUGAAAGGAGAGUUAGAAACAAGAGAGAAGCUUUUGGGAAAAGCAGGUCUUUAAUAAGAAAUUAGAAUAUUUAAGGCAUUUUACUUUGAUUCAUAUGAAUAAAAAUAAAUGAAAACUGAAUAGGCAAAAAUUUUAUAAUAACAUUUUAUGAUGGUGACUUAAUAAUAAUUAGCUUUAAAUCAAAAAUUUAAACCUUAAAGGAAAAGCACUGAACCAAAAGAGUAUUAAUCAAAACCUGCUUCUCCAUAAACAAGGAAUCAAAAAUAACAAAAAUUCACUCCAGAAUAGUUUCAAUCUCUUUAGAAACGAAUAAAAUCUUAGUAUAUAUUUAGUAUAUAAUUAGAUAAUCAUCUAUGAGUAAUGUAUAAUAGAUUAGUACUAUUUAAAGUCCUGCUUAAUCUAAGUUGUAAGGUUUGAAAAGAAUUAUUUCCUAAAAUAAUUUCUUUGCAGAUAGAUAAAAUACUUUACCUGCUGGUUAGAAAGACGUAAAUAUAGAUUAUCAAUAAUUAUUGUCAAAUGUUUCAACAGAUUAAAUGUUACAUAAACGAGUAUCAUCUUUAAAAUAAAGAAAAAAAUGA